CCUGUUGUAAUUAUUAUUUUUUCUUCUUAUCUCUUCGUUAUAUGAUGCAGACAGCGCAAUAUAUUUCAUUUGCACAGCAGACGAACUGUCACCGGAAGUGAUGUUUGUCAAGCACCUUGUGCCCAUUGUAAGGACAAAUUUCAUUGGAUAAUAACGAUGAGUAGCUACGGCCAACUGGAUGUGUUUACAUCGCCAUUGCAGUAGUCGGUGCACUUGGAUACUCGAUAUUUUUUGCCGAUAAAAAAAGUUGAAGUGUUAUAUUUGAAAGUUCAAAAAGAGAUAAGUUGUUUUGAAGGCUUAAUGCUAUGCAUUCAACGUAAAGGGCUGGGUUAAUGGUGAAAUCAGAUAUGACCUGCGCAACAGAAGUUGUAGGCAGCUGGUUUCCAACUGGUUAUUACGGCCAUUUCCGCAGUAAGACUAGAAAUGAUUUUGUUUGUGAAUACAGGCAGCUAGCAAAGCCACAGCCUCCAAACAAGUUCUUCAACAGAUCAAAGCAACCUACAGCUAGACACGUUUUUUCUAACCACGAUAACAGAGAAUCAUUCCUGAACGAUGCACUGUACUUUGAACAAGGCUUAGGACGUAAGAGGGCACCCAACAGAGCCUAUAGCUUCAAGCAGGACUUUAUCACAUGGAUGCCAGAAAGGGAAUAUGUUCAGCGAACGAUGCGGCCUCUGGUAUCAACAUACAAAACGGACUUCAAAACCUCAAAAAGUGUACCUCAGAUUUAUGUAAAGAAACCCCCCUCCUCUUUUGAAGGGGUAACCACUUCAUACAGAUACGCCCAUGGCAGUGAAACCGCUAACCCAAACAAAAAAAUAAUCAACUGUAUGAACAAUGAGGCGCUUAAACUUAGUUUGUUAAAUAGGAAAAACCGUGCCAUGUCUGCAAGGGGAACAGUGCGGGAAACCGUGGCCUCCUGCAUGAACUGGUACAACCCAGCAAGAGAUCGCCCCAAAACCGCGGUGCAGAACGAGUCGGCAGCAACUCAGACGACGGUGUUUCAGCCCCACCCUCCCUCCGAACCCGCCCCCCACAGAGUAGAGACCGCCCCACCCGCAGCACCGGAAAGGCAGGAAACAAUGGCACCAUCCCGAGAGGCCACCAUGGUUCAACCGGAACCGGUACGACAACCACAACCGACUAUUGCAUGGGCACCACCUCAGCCAGCCGCGGUAGAAGUGGCGUGUGCAUAAAACAAGUGAAUAGGACUGUACAUGUAGAUGGCACACUUACUCAAAGACCAGUCCCCUGUUAAGGCUUAAUGGGCAGAAUAAAUGUUGUUUUUAUCUAAUCAGAUGUUAAGUGUGGUAGCUUAUGUCUGUACUUGAAGAUUUUUAUAUACCAAAGUACGCUGUAGUUUCAGAAAAAAAUUUAUUUUAAGAGUUAUUCAUGAGCAUUUCUCCUUUUUUAAAUUCAAUAUAUUACAUGAAACUCAUGUACUCAUUACUCAGUUGUAUUUAUGGUAAUUGUGUUUUCCUUAUGUGUGGCGUUCCUUAGUCCGGUCAGAGCAAUAUAAAUUCUAAAAGACUGCUGAUACUUUUUUCGAAGAAUUGUAU